UGGAGGGGUCUCGCGUUCCGACCGAGGAGCAUGCGUGGUACCACGGCACGUACGCAAACGCUGUAUAGUCAUGUAUAUUGUAUACCGUAUAAUAAUAAUAAUACUAUAUAGUAUACAAUAACAACAUCGCUACGUUCAUAAUAAUAUAAUAAUAAUAAUAAUAAUAAUAACAAAUAACCAACAACGAUAUUAUAUUAAUUGUACCUAUAUAAUUAUUUUUUUAAUAAUGAGAUUAAUAUAUAAAAAAAAAAAAAAAAAAACGAUACGAUUUAUUAUUAGCACGGACCGUCGAAAUAGAUAAUUUAAUAAUAAAUAUUUAUUUUAAAUCGUACGGCGACCACGCCGUGGCCGUCUUAUAUUUCAGUGUUCUAAGACUCGCGUGUGGUAUAUUACACAAGAGUAUAAUAUUGGGCGGACGUAGAUCUGCGUUCGUUUUCGUACGAUCUAAUACAAUAUUGUACGGGCCCAUCAGCUGCUGCGGUACGACGCGUGAAUAAUAACAAACGACGUAAUACGUAGUGUUCGCUAUAUAGGUACACUAUAUAUAAUCGUACGAUCGCGUUAUGCUCGCUGCGCUGUACAUACGCCGAGUUAUUGAUAUUAUUAUCACUAAUAUCGUACGAUUAUACACGCUCGUGUCGUAUAAUUAUCACGGGGAGACGGCACUGACUUGCUGACGGGUGCGAUCAGACCCGCGACGCUCGGGACACCGUAUCAGCAGCAGCAAUGGUCUCACUCGGUAUGGUCAGUAUUACAGUCAGUACGACUUUUGCUGGCGAACCGGAUACGCGCGAGAAUCAUGCGGCUCGACGUCGUAGCGCCGGUGCUGUUCCUCCUGUGCCUGUCGGCCGUGUCGGCGGUGUUCGAGUUGCCGUUGGACUCGUCCCGCUGGCGGUUCACCAACAGAAACUCCAGUAUCUCCGGGAUGGGCCGAGUACCCGGCGGCGUGUACACCGACUUGCGGUCCAACGGCGUACUGGACGAAGACCCUUUCCGCCGAUACAACGACUUGAAGUACCGAUGGGUGUCAGAAGACGAUUGGACUUACGUCGCGACUUUCAAAGUGAACUCGAGUUUAGAAUCUUUCAAUAAAAAGUAUAUUAUUUUCGACGGAAUAGAUACUUUUAGUGAUAUUUAUUUGAAUAAAAAACUUAUUGGUUCAACGAAUAAUAUGUUUGUGAGGUACACUUUUUCCGUUGAAGAAUUUCUUAAAUACCAGGAACAAGAAAAUGUUUUAGAAGUUAUCAUUAAGUCACCCAUACGCAUGGCAAAUUAUUUUUUUAAUGAUUAUUCUAAUAAAAUCCCACCAUUUUGUGUCCCUAAAGAAUACAAUGGAGAAUGCCAUGUAAACUACUUAAGAAAAAUGCAAAGUUCAUUUGGAUGGGAUUGGGGUCCUGCAUUCCCAUCAGUUGGAGUAUGGAAAAGCGUAAGAAUAGUAAUGUUUCAAGAUAAUUUAUUAGAAGAUAUUAAAACUGAAACGAUUGCGGCGAACACAUCACAUUGGUUAUUAAAAACUGAUAUAUACAUUCAAUGUUUUGAAAGUAUUUCUAAUGCUAAAUUUAAGUUAGCUUUGAAUACUGAAAAAAGUAUUAUAAGUAUAGAACAGAAUUGUUGUAACGAUAUAUGUGUUAAAAACGAAAUGCACACUGGAGUUGAAUUAUAUGUGCCGAAGACUGAUAUAAACACUUGGUGGCCUAAUGGAUAUGGUGAACAGCCACUGUAUAAUUUAAGCAUAGAAUUAGAAACUAAAAAUGAUAUUCAAUCAAAAACAAUUUCUAUAGGAUUCAGAACAGCGGAACUUAUCCAGGAACAAAUUGAUAAAAAUGAUCCAAAAUUGGGAUUAUCUUUUUAUUUUAAAAUAAAUGGUGUGCCAAUAUUUGCUAAAGGCACUAAUUACAUUCCGGCCAAUAUAUUUCCAGAGAAUAUGAAUGAUGAAAAUGUUAUAAAUAAUUUGUUAACUGCAGCAAAACAAGUUCAUAUGAAUACUAUUCGUGUAUGGGGUGGUGGAGUGUACGAGAGUGAUAUAUUUUACAAAAUAUGUGACAAGUUAGGUAUAAUGGUAUGGCAAGAUAUGAUGUUCGCUUGUAAUAUGUAUCCAGCAAAUCAACAGUUUUUAGAAACAGUAGAGAUAGAAAUAAAACAACAAAUUAGAAGACUACAAUAUCAUCCAAGCAUAAUAUUGUGGGCAGGUAAUAAUGAAAACGAAGCUGCAUUAAGAGGCAAUUGGUAUGGAACAAGGAACAAUUAUUCUAUGUUUGCUUCUGACUAUAUUGCACUAUAUGUCAACACAAUAAAAAAAAUAGUAAUAGAGGAAGAUAAAACAAGACAUUUUCUGGUAUCAAGUCCUACUAAUGGUUUAAAAUCUGAAGAAGAAAAUUAUAUAGCAGAAAAUCCAUAUAGUGCUUUAUACGGAGAUGUACAUUACUAUAACUAUGAAGUUAAUAGUUGGAGUUCAAUUUUCUUCCCGUGGACUAGAUUUGCAUCAGAAUAUGGAUUACAGUCUCUUCCUGCAUACCAGACAUUGCAAAAAGCUUUUGAUAUAAAUGAUUUAAUUACAUUUCCCUCACCAGCACUAAUUCAUAGACAACAUCAACCUUUAGGAUACGGGUUUAUGUUGUAUCAAAUAGAAAUCAAUUUACCUGUACCACCAAAGCCUACUGUAAGUGAUUAUGUUCAUUUGAGUCAAAUUGUUCAAGCUAGAGCUAUGAGAAUACAAACAGAAUGGUAUAGAAAACAUAGAAAUACAUUAUUAAAAGAUGGUAGAGGUUUAACCAUGGGUGCAUUAUAUUGGCAGUUAAAUGAUGUAUGGCAAGCACCAACUUGGUCAUCAAUAGAUUAUGAUCAACGAUGGAAAAUGUUACACUAUAGUGCAUCAGAUUUUUUCUCCCCAAUUAUCAUAGUUCCAGAAUUAGAAAUUUCAAAUAAUUUAACAAUUUAUAUUGUUUCUGAUAGUCUAGUUGAUUUGGAAGUAAUUUUUAAUGUAGAGAUAUAUAGCUGGAAAAGCGAUAUUCCACUCACUACAUACAUAUCAGAUACUAUAUUAUUGAAAAAUAAUAGUGCCCAGUUAAUUUUAAAUGAAAACUAUUUUAAUUGGUUAAAUGCAAUAACAGAGAAAUGUGGUCAAAGCAAAGACCAACAAAUUCGAUCUUGUUUUUUGCACACUAAGUUAUAUUAUAAUAAUAUAAAUAUGACAGAGGCAUCUCCAUCUAAUUACAUGUUCCCAAGCACAUUCAACAAAAUUAUUGGCUAUGAGACACCUAAUAUAUUGGUGUCCAGAAUUUGGCAAGAAAAGAAAAACCAAAUAAAUGUUAAAUUGGAAUCAACAGGAAUAGGCUUGUUUGUUUGGUUAAAUGUAACUCAAACCGAUGGAAAUUUUAAUGAAAAUGGAUUUGUUAUGUUGAACAAAACAAAAACUGUAAAAUAUAUGUCAAACAAAGAUAUCUCGCUAAAACAAUUUAAUUUAGAAAUUGAAUACCUUAGAACAAAAUUUAUAUAGUUUUAAAAUGUUACAUCUCAAAAAAAAAAAAAAUUAACAUUUACAUUAUUUGUAAAUCACUUACCUUAAGUUAAACUAUUUACAUAUUAUACAUAAAUACAAAAUAAAAUUUUCUUUCAUAGA